AUGAAACAAAGUCUGAAAGCGAUUGUCCUUCUUCUUCUCCUAUUCACAAUCGUAUGGUUCGUUCUGGGAGUUACAGAAAUUGUGGAAUGUCAGAAUGGUGCAAAAGCUUUUUUCGAAACUUGGAAACAAACCAAGAGAGGUGGAAAAGUUCCGAGCAUGUUAUUUUCAUCAGGUCAAGAAUUGAAAGAUCAUGACGAUUCGUUGUUGAGACUCAAUAGAAGUGGUGAUCGAGUGAAUCGAUUUACUGAAGAAGAUAAUCCUUUUAAAUAUAGUGGAUUUAUUGAAGUGAAUUCUACAUAUAGUGGACAAAUGUAUUAUGUGUUCAUGGAAGCACAGAAUGGAAAUCCAAAUGCUCCUGUCAUUGCUUGGUUCCAAGGUGGCCCCGGUAGUGCAUCAAUUUUUGGAUUAUUUGUUGAGAAUGGCCCAUAUCUCGUGGAUCCUACUACUUUAGAAUUGGUCAAAAAUAAGUACACUUGGAAUGCAGAUCAUCACAUGAUUUGGAUUGAUAACCCAUUGGGAAGUGGAUUCUCUCAUGUCAAAUCACCAGGAUAUGUUCAUUCUGAAGAUCGAGUUGCCAGUGAGCUCCACAUCUUCUUGAUCAAAUUUUUCCAGUUAGAUUUUGCAGCAAAAUACAAGUCCAAUCCAUUAUACUUGUUUGGUGAAUCCUAUGCUGGAAAAUACAUUCCCUCAAUUGCUUACAAUAUUAUGAAUUCAGGUUUUCCAGUUAACCUUGUGGGUAUUGGAAUUGGUGACGGACUGACACAUCCCAUUGACCAAUUUUCUACCUAUGACACAUUUUCAUACAGUGUUGGAUUGAUUGAUCAAAAGCAACAACAAGUUGUUCAACAAUAUCAAAAUCAAAUGGUCAAAUUAAUUCAAGCUGGUCGAUACAUUGAAGCAAUGGAUGUCAACAACAACAUGACUGAUUACGUGAUUGGCCAAUGCAGUGGUGGUGUCAAUGUGUACGAUAUUCGAACAUAUGGCGAUUAUGACAUUACAGCUUACAUCAAAUACGUGGAACAACCCUAUGUGAAACAAUUAAUGCAUACUGUUGGUGUGAAAUAUUAUGACUCGAAUCCAACAGUUUGGAAUAAUUUAUAUGCUGACAUUGCAAAAUCUGUUCGACACAAAGUUGAGGCCUUAUUAGAUUGUCCAACAAGAAAAAUUCGUGUUCUAUUAUAUAAUGGUCAAUACGAUUGGUUGGUUAAUUACAUUGGAGCAUCAAAAUGGAUUGACGGAAUGAAAUGGCGUUACAGCUCGAGUUAUUUGAAUGAUCAAGGUCCAGGAAGAAAACCAUGGAAAAUUGGUAAUCAAGUUGUUGGAUAUGUGCAUGCCUAUGAAAAUUUGAUUCAAUUGGUUGUGAAUGGUGCUGGUCACUUGUCACCCAUGGAUCAACCUCGAAAUGUCUUGGAAAUGGUUCGAACCUUUACAAGCAAUCGUGAUUUUUAA